AGCGACGAUGAUGACUAAUCGAUGUUGGGUGAGAGUUGGUCGAUGAUGGCGCAACCAUGGCGACGUCGUGGACAACAGUAUUAGCUUGACUGCAUCAUAAAUUAAAAUAAAAAUAACUAACUCGGCAUAAAACGAAGGCACCUUCUUCUUCCUACGCCUUCCAUUCAAUACUUGAUUAUUCCUUGUCGAAAACGGCAAAGGCAAAAGAAAACCAUACCCUUCUCAAAAUCCAAACUCUUUUAAUCACCGCGGCCAUGUAUCCCCAGCCUUGUCUAGACCAACUCCCGCCCCGACGACGACGUCGAACCCGCUGAGCGCGAUGAUGAUACACCACCACCACCACCACUAACCGGCCGGAAAAUCCAACACGGCGUCUUACAACCUCAUCGAGCCUCGAGGAGAUGAAAACCAAGGGCGUCGUCGAUGUCUACCAAGGCGAUGCCAAGUGCAGGGAGAAGUUCGCCCUCCUGCUCGCGGAAAUCGGCUUCCCCGGCCGCGUGCUACUCGCUGCCGACGAGGAGAUUGAGGAAUGCGGUCACGUUAAGGAAACAGGGUUCAUGUGGCUGAAGCACAAGAAGACGAAGGAUCAAUGCAAGUUCGACACCGUCGACGUCCGCUGCGACGCCGUCGUGACGACGUCUUUCGAGCGGCGGAGGAUCAGGAACCUGACCGGGGUCAAGGCUAAUUUAUUUAUCUUAAUCGCUAAUUUAUUUAUUUUAUGGUAAAAAUGAGUUGAAAAUUAAAAUAGAUUAAAUUUUUUUUAUUAUCUUUUAAUUGCCACAUCACUAAGUUAACUGUCAUCUUUGAGAGUUGACUGCCACAUCAGCCAAAGUUAACGGAGUUGGACAGAGAGUGACCAAACGUGAACAGUUUCAAUAAACUGAAGUACCACCAAUGGAUUUAAAUAUUUCGAGUGACCAAACUUAAAUGUUUUUUGUAAUCUCAGUGACCAACCAUGCUAUUAACCCAAAACAUUAAUUAGGCCAAAGCUUAGUUUGCGUGUCAAUGUAAACAAGCAAUCAUAAGAAGUAAAGAACCAUAAAUCGCGAAUAAGCAUUUGGUCUAGCA